AUCGGCUGUACUCGAAUCUGGAACACACCCCACAACACCAGGACGUUUACGUGAACAGUGUCAAAAAUGGAAUACUUUUAAUUAAUUUGACAUUUAGCGUCACGUUUAUGUUUUGACAAGCUCUCAAAGGUGCAGCAAUUUCCUCCAGAGUGCCGGUAUCUUGUUGCUAGUGCUCAUCAAAAUGUAACUUUUCCCUCAAAGGUACGCGUUGCGUUGCUCUGUGCGGCUAUCAAGCAUGAGUCUGAAGGGGAGCCAGGCCUCAUUGGGGGCUGCAGCAGCCAUGGGGUCCUUAGAUCCACUGCAAGAAACCAAAUUAGGCCUCAACACACAGUCAACAUUGAAAGUCCAUUUACUUAACGGCAGCUUUAACAUUGUCAAGUUCGGGGAUUUAACAGACAUCAAGAGUAUCAUCCUCCUUGUCACAAGCAAUUUGGGCAGUCAGCAAGACUUUCAACGCCCAUAUCAACUAAUGUAUGCUGUCCGCAUUUUGCAUCCAAGCUCAGGAGAAUUUUACUGGCUCCAUCAAGACAUGACCAUGUCCCAGGUCCAAGAGAAAUAUACUAGCAAGCACCCUCUUACAGAGUGGCAGUGUGAAUUGAGGAUCCGAUAUCACCCCAGUGACAUUAGCAGUGUAUAUGAGCAGGACCGUGUUACAUUUUACUACUAUUAUGAUCAGGUUGCCAAUGAUUAUCUCUCAAAGCAAUCGCCUGGGGUGGACCAGGACCUUGCAGUCCAAUUGGGUGUUCUUCAUAUGCGUUACUAUUUCAAAGACAUGGCUCAUGUGGCAUUAGAUAGGAAAAGUAAUUUUGAGCUUCUUGAAAAAGAAGUUGGACUGCAUCGGUUCAUCCCUCGCUCAGUUAUUGACUCUGCAAAACCCAAAACUAUCCGUAAAGCAGUGCAGUCACAAUUCAAAAGUGUGGCAAAAUUAAGUGAGCGUGACGCUGCAUUUCGAUUCUUGGAGCUGCUGCGGAGUAAUACUGAAUUUGAUCACGAACGCUUUCAUGUUUCCCUUGGUUCGGGCUGGUCAAUUCCGGUGGAACUUGUGAUAGGACCUAGUCUUGGAAUUUCCUAUGUAACUCAUCAGGCCACAACACCCUCUAAAAUGGCUGAGCUUUCUCGAAUUCAAGCAAUCCAGACAUUGAUGACAGAAUGUGAAGCUCAUCGGAAGGCUAUGGUGCAGUUACGAGUUGCGGGCACAUCAGAAUCUCUCACAGUAACUUGUGCUUCAAUGGAGGCUGCUGAGAGUCUUGCUGACUUGAUUGAUGGGUACUGCCGACUCCUGGCGGGCACCAACACCUCACUUUGGAAUCGUAAAGCUGCACUCUGGAAACGUUAUCCAUGUCCUUGUGCUGCAACUAAAGAUGCUCAAGGUUCCAAACCAAAGUCAGGUGGUCCAACUUUAGCUGAGGACUAUGCUGAAAUUGUUGAUGAAGAAGGUGACUACUCAACCCCAGCAACACGUGACUAUGAGCUGGUUCGUAAUCAAGUGGAACUGGCUGAAACAAUUGGUGAAGGCCAGUUUGGUGAUGUUCACAAAGGCAGUUACCGCUCUAGUAAAGAUGGACAUAUUGUUCCUGUAGCAAUUAAAACCUGCAAGCCAGAUGCAGAUCUUGCAACUGCAGAAAAGUUUUUGGAGGAGGCCUAUAUCAUGCAACAAUUUCACCAUCCACAUAUUAUCCGUCUAAUUGGUGUUUGUUCUGAUAGUCCCAUAUGGAUAGUAAUGGAACUUGCUAAACUGGGAGAGCUUCGUGCAUACCUCCAACAGAAUUCACCUCGACUAGACCUUUCAACUUUACUUUUGUAUUCAUUUCAAUUGAGCACAGCUUUAUCUUACCUUGAAUCCAAAAAGUUUGUUCACAGGGACAUAGCUGCUCGCAAUGUACUUGUUUCUUCCAACCACUGUGUCAAGUUAGCAGACUUCGGUCUUUCUCGGUGGGUUGAAGACCAAAGCUACUACAAGGCCUCGAAGGGAAAAUUGCCAAUUAAGUGGAUGGCACCUGAAUCCAUAAAUUUUAGGCGAUUUACUACUGCGAGUGAUGUGUGGAUGUUUGGUGUCUGCAUGUGGGAGAUCCUCAUGCUUGGUGUUAAACCAUUCCAAGGUGUGAAGAAUAACGAUGUGAUUGGUAAAAUCGAAAAUGGAGAGCGCUUGGCUCUUCCAGCACGCUGCCCUCCUAGACUUUACAGCCUAAUGUCCUUGUGUUGGAGUUAUGAACCAUCAAAGAGACCAAGCUUCAAAGACAUCAAAGAAGUCCUCAAUGAAAUUCUGUUGGAGGAGCGUAGCCAACAGCAAGAGACAAUGCGAAGAGAAAACAGACGUGUGCAAGCCAUGUCAUGGGGCUCAUCAGGCUCUGACGACCCUCCUCCACCCAAACCGUCUCGCAUGCCCCCACUCUGUCAUUCCCCUCUCGGCACUGCAGACUGCUCAUCAACUGCAUCUUUGAAUGCCACAGCCGCUGGUGCUCCUAGUGUAUCAACUUAUAUUGUUGCCCAGAAUCCAGAAGUACUGAUGCAACUGAUGCGCGAAAAUGAAAGCCGAGGAUUGAACCCAGCUGUGUACACUACACCAGCUUCUGCCUUCAACACUCUAGCGGUAGAUUUCAAAGACAAGGGCCCCUGUCAUUCCCCCUCCACCUGCUCCCUUACUCAGAGUCCCCAUUUGUCAAGCUCUCGUCGUACCCUUGACUGUGUUUCCCCAUCAACUUCUCUCGGGGCUGUCAGUGAUGGGGCAUCCUCUCCUAUCAUGCGCAAAUCACUUCCUCGUAACAAAGCUAAGAAGGUGACGGCUCCUAUGGUGGCAUCUACAUCUUCUUUAAAAGAUGACUCGGAUGAGGCAUCCACAUGCUCUCAGUUGUCAAUGACUUUGUCUACUCAUUCAUCUACUGCGUUGGAUCAAACACCCACUCAGGGCCCGACUCAAUCAACAAUAUAUGGAGAUCCAGCUCUGGAUACCGAAACAGAGGCGAGGUUAAUUGAACAGCGACUAAAGCAGCAGCAGAAACAGUCAGAGGAAGAUGGAAAAUGGCUUGCUGAAGAGGAAAACAAUUUGAAGCGUCUAUCGAUAAUUGGACCGGAGUCUGAGGAAGCAGCAGCUCUAAGCAUUGACUCUUCAAGCCGUGGUCCCAGUCCGGAUCAUUCAGAACAUUCCACUGCCUCUUUAGACAGGCCAAUUGUUGUGAAGAAAAUGGAGCCAACCCCAACCGCUGAUCUUGACAGGUCAAAUGAUAAUGUGUAUGAAUGCACCACCGCUGUGGUCAAAGCUGUGAUGACACUCUCCCAAGGUGUUCAACAAGGAAAUGUAGAGGAAUACCUAGAUCUGGUUCGCCGAGUCGGAGUUGAUUUGAGAGCGUUGCUUACAAGUGUGGAUGAUCUGGUCCCUCUCUUCCCCAUGGCUGCCCACAGAGAGGUUGAAAUGGCUCAUAAGGUUCUGAGCAAGGAUAUGAGUGAACUAGUGAAUGCAAUGAAAUUGGCUCAGAGCUACAGCACCACAACACAUGAUAAUGUCUACAGGAAGGGAAUGCUUUCAGCAGCACAUGUUCUGGCCAUGGAUGCUAAGAAUCUCUUGGAUGCUGUGGAUUCAAUUAGGAUUCGAUACCCAGAUGUAGACAGCAUUAUUUGCAAUGGGGGUAUACCACCCCCUGAGCCUGCCCCCGAAGACCCGAUGGGAUCAACUGCAAGGGACCUUGAUUCCAUUGCAACCCCAACCAAUCCUUCAGUUUGUAUUACUGAUAGCAUGAGUGGUAUUGUCUUACCCACCACUCCUCCUCCUCCGGCUGAGCCAGAACCCCAGCCACAUCCAUUAGAACAGCCAAUCUACGUUGCAUCAGGAAUACCCGUAAACCAUCUCCAAAAAGUUCACGCUAGCCAAACCCCUGCUCGAGCCGAUUGUUCUUGAUCUCAAAUCAUUUAUAAAUCUCUAUUUUCAUGAAAGAUUUCAGGGCUAUUUGGUUACAAUCAUAGUUUUGUGAGGAACUCUUCUACUCUGAAUUCCUGCACUUAAAAAAUAUAUUUUAAUGCAGUGGUUGGAUUGACCAACUAGAAAGCUUAUCAUACUUUCCAGUUUAGUUUGUGUUUUUAGAAAUUGACCUGUUAGGAAAUUAUGUGGAUAUAUCUUUGUCCAAUUUUUUUGUUUUUGAUUUUAUUAUAGAAGGCCUAACUCAACAUUUUAAAGCUUGAUGCUGUGACUUUCUGGUAUGAAGACAUACAAGGAGAACCCUUUUUAGCUACUGUUAAUUAUUAGGAGUGUCGGUGCUUAAAGGCUUGUGGGAAUCCAGUGCCAAGUGUUUUAUUUGAAAACAGGAAACCAAAGGCAAAGAACAUCUUCGAUUUGUUGCUGUACUGUGUGGUACUUUUCUAAGUUUUAUAGAAAGACUAAGAGAGAAAUUUACAGUAUUGAUGGAUAAAAGGCCUUGUAUUAAUGUUCUAUUGUGAUAAUUGGAAGACUAGUCAGUGAGACCUAGUGUCAUUCCGCUCAACACUCAGUCUGAGGAUUUUGUUUUGUGCUUAUUCUUGGAGUUAUGAGGACUAGAUUUAUAGUACAAAGAAGUAGGCAUUUGUGCCCGUGCUUCCACUAAUGUGCUUAACAUUUAAAAAAUGUCAAUUAGUUUUCAUGACAUUGAUUUGAUGAUUUUUGAUUGUACAACUUAUUAAAAGUUUGAUUUUAACCUGCUUUUAAAUUUAGCCGUUUUGUCAAUUUUACAAACUUUUAGAGUUCCGUUUUUCUUAGCACUUGUAAUGUGUUGUUUAUUAUGAGACUGAGUUUGUGUUUCAGUGUUUCAUUUCCAGUGCUUUUCCAUUUUCAUGCUUGCAUUUUUGUUUCUAUUUUUCUUUGUUUAAUAUGGAUAUUUAUUACAAUCAAUGAAGAAAAGUGCUUAGUGUCUGAUUUUCAUUGCCAUUUUCUGCAUUAAAGGUGUUGUGCAUUACAUGUAAAUCAAUUUCCCUCUCUUGCACAAGCAGCUUUAACUAGAGUUUUCCUAUUGUACCCCGUUUAUUUUUUGUUUCUUUUUAGUAUUGUUUUGCGAGUGUAGUGAUUUGUCCUAUUGUGCAAGUUCAAUAACAUAUCAAUCAUACUUUGACUUU